AUGCUGCCUCUCGGCCAGCGAGGCGAAGCGGAUUGCAAGGCGGUGAUGUGUGAGAUUCGCACGCAGGAAGCCGACUUCGUCCGUCACCGCACCAAGGUUAACAACCCCGGGUGGUCCAAGACGUUCUACGAAGUGACGGCGAGCUACCUGGAAUUCUUCGACGCAAAGGCCGAGGCGGGGGAGGCAAUUCCUGGGGGCGACGAUUUCGCGCGCCGCAUGCUGCGUCUCCACAAGCUGACGAUGUCCCUGACCCGGGACGACGGGUCCGACAAAUGGGUCGAGGCGAGUCCUAUUGAGGAUCUAGAAGAGUCCGCGUAA